GUUUUGCGGUGCUGCUGCUACAAUUUCAUAGUUGAUGCACAUAUGUACAUACUAACUACUGUAUACACAUGUGUGUAGAAGCGGUUAUUGCCGGAGCGUUUGAGCGACAAGUGGGCACAUAAACUCUCGAAAAUGGGCAGUCACACAACCAAUCGAGUACGAAUCUGUUGCCACAUAAAGACGGCUGCUAGCUGGUUGCGCUCAGCUGCUCGCUUUUAGAGAAUCAGUCUAUAGCAGAUCGCUCGGAAAGUUACACGUACAUAAUUAUUUAUUUUUAUUUUGCGGUUGGCGGAUUGGUUUUCACAAAACCGAAACGAUUAAAAAAAUUAAAUAUACUUGGAUUAGAAUUUUACCUGAAUUCGUGCAUAAAAUUACAAUUAUACAAAGCGAGAAUCUAUUAGUAUAAUUCUGUCCUUCACGCUCUAACGCGUUGUGUUUUUCCAAACUCAGUUCUGUCUGUCAUACAGCAGAUUAUGGUUCAACCACAACAGAAGCUGCCAAUCGUCCCACAGCCAACAUACUUCGCUGUGGGUCCACAACCACACGAGGUCACUUGUCCCUAUUGUCAGGCCACGGCUAAAACGGUGAUGCUACGACCAAUAUUGCGCUGCUUCAGUCGACGUCAUUACUGCGCCGAGUGCGGUGAAUAUUUGGGCACCUAUCGGCGACCGCAACUUUGAACUGAUUUCUGGCCUCUGAUAGAAAAUUAAUUAAAACAAAGUACUCGAAUAUAUGUACCUACAUACUUACAUAUGUAUGUGCAUAUGCAUACAUAUGUAUGUACAUUAUGUUUUAUCUGAACGCUUUCAACAAUUUGUAUAUUCUAUUUUAUAUUGUAAUUGACCCUUAGUUUUAUU